AAAUAAAAGCUUAGAGUAUGAUGGAGCAGGAUUUGGCACUAGAAAAAUUCUGGUAGUUAAAGCGCGUGCUAAAGGAAAGACCGAAAAGUGCCGUUGCUGAAUGCUGACUACGGCUCUGCAACUCACGAAGAAAAUUUCUUUUUCUUCCAUAGCAGGUCUUCUCAUCCGGCGUCCACGGUCCACCAUAUGCAAUCCUAAUCAAUCAAAUCGACUCGCUCCAUUAAACUCAAAACCCCCAGAUCUGUGCUCACCCAUCAUCAUCCUCGUGUCUCCUUGAUACACUGGUUCAGCGAUGCCGGUGGCUGCAUCUGCGAUCUAUUUCUUAAAUCUUCGUGGAGAUGUACUCAUCAAUCGUCUUUAUCGUGACGAUGUCGGUGGAAAUAUGGUGGAUGCAUUCCGAACGCAUAUAAUGCAAACAAAAGAACUUGGCACCUGCCCAGUACGGCAGAUUGGAGGUUGCUCUUUCUUUUACAUGAGAAUUAGCAAUGUCUACAUUGUGAUUGUUGUCAGCAGCAAUGCUAAUGUGGCUUGUGCAUUCAAGUUUGUCGUUGAGGCUGUUACAUUGUUUAAAUCAUACUUUGGUGGGGCUUUUGAUGAAGAUGCCAUCAGAAAUAAUUUUGUCCUGAUUUAUGAGCUGUUGGAUGAAAUCAUGGACUUUGGUUACCCACAAAAUCUGUCUCCUGAGAUUUUAAAGCUUUACAUCACUCAGGAAGGAGUGCGCUCACCGUUUUCAUCCAAGCCUACAGAUAAACCCGUUCUUAAUGCAACGUUACAAGUCACAGGUGCUGUUGGUUGGCGGAGAGAGGGCCUUGUUUAUAAAAAGAAUGAGGUUUUUCUUGAUAUUGUGGAAAGCGUAAAUCUUCUCAUGUCUUCAAAAGGUAGCGUUCUACGUUGUGAUGUAACCGGGAAGGUUCUUAUGAAGUGCUUCCUUUCUGGAAUGCCUGAUUUGAAGUUGGGUUUAAAUGAUAAAAUUGGGCUUGAGAAAGAGUCGCAACUGAAAUCCCGUCCUGCUAAAAGUGGUAAAACGAUCGAGCUUGAUGAUGUUACUUUCCACCAAUGUGUAAAUUUGACAAGGUUCAACUCAGAGAAGACCGUUAGUUUUGUCCCACCGGAUGGUGAAUUUGAAUUGAUGAAGUAUCGCAUAACUGAGGGAGUUAAUCUUCCAUUUCGGGUUUUCCCAACAAUCAAGGAACUUGGUCGAACGCGAAUGGAAGUGAAUGUUAAGGUCAAGAGUGUCUUUGGUGCAAAAAUGUUUGCACUUGGAGUUGUCAUCAAAAUUCCUGUACCCAAACAAACUGCUAAAGCAAGCUUCCGGGUGACAUCAGGUCGAGCAAAGUACAAUGCUGCAAUUGAUUGUUUGGUUUGGAAGAUAAGAAAAUUUCCUGGACAAACUGAGCCCACCUUGAGUGCAGAAGUUGAGCUGAUUUCUACAAUGGCAGAGAAGAAGUCUUGGACAAGGCCACCAAUUCAGAUGGAGUUUCAGGUUCCCAUGUUUACGGCAUCUGGUUUACGUGUUCGUUUUCUCAAGGUAUGGGAAAAAAGUGGGUACAACACAGUUGAGUGGGUCCGCUAUAUAACUAAAGCAGGCUCAUAUGAGAUUAGGUGCUAGAAACAUGGAAACUCAAUUGUGAGACUUUCUUGAGAGGAAACAGGGUUGAUGGAGUUCUCUGCUCUCCAUUCUUGCCAAGUUCAAAGAAACCAUUGCAUAGAAAAUGCCUUGUUGACAAGAAAAAUAUGCAGCUGGGUUUCUUCUUGUGUUGAUUCUUUUUUAUUGCUGGUAGUGUUGUCAAUAUUAUUGUUUUGGGUGAAUAUUGUUUGUGCUGUAAAGGCUAGUCCCUUGUUAGAGCA